AUGUUGGCUGACUGGGUACUCACUGCCGCUCCCGGCUUCGACAGCCAAGGGGAUGGAGAUAAUGCGUUCCAGGCCCUUCCUCCACGCAUGACCGAGGACUUCGCGGUUGACGCUUUGGAAGCCCUCGAGGCCGCGGUGACUUUCGCGCGGAGCCCGCUUGCGGCUGUGAGAGAAGCAAGGGCCUGGCGAGAGGUGAUCGCGCCUACCCAACAGCAGCAACCACCCGGCGGCGGGGGGGUUAGCGGCGGGGCAGCUGCGGCGGGCGGAUGUGAUGAUGAUGAUGUCGCCAACGAUGGUACGACCCGUGCCGUGGCCCUUGCCGCGGUAGACGAAGCCGUGCGACGUCUGCUCCACGACGCGGGAAGAGCGGCGCCCUCGGGCGGAGGCGGAGGCGGCGGCGGCGGCGGCAGCGGCGGCGGGGGGGGGGGGAAAAACAAGGCCGUCAUCGGCGUUCUGCCGAAGCUCGUUCCAGCCGUCACGGCCUGUCUGGAGGGCUCCACAAGCGCCGACGGGGGCUCUUCCUUGCCCCCACCCCCGGCGGUGGCGGCGGGCGCUCUCGGCGUCCUGGAGGCGCUCGUCUUCUUGCUGCGGUCGACGAUGCGGCCUCACGUCAAGAAAGUGGAAGCUGCGACCGCGCCGUGGCUGCAGGGUCCCAGUGACGUGAUCCGAGACCGAGCGGCCGCCGUCCUGGCGUCUCUCCCGCUGUGCGGGGAAGCGGAGGCGUGGACGCAGGCGGCGGGAAGGGUUGCUCUUGAGGCGCACGGCCUCCUUCACGCGGCGUGGCCCGACAACGACGUGGACAUGGGCACCAGCGACAGCAUGAGCGCCUCGCAGUUGGACGCGGCGCUUGGCUCGGGAGCGGGGUUGCUUCCUCCCCUGGGGGGAGGGGCCGGGGAGGGGUUCAGCGGCCCGCAGCAGGGCCUUUGCCACGUGCUGGAGCUGAUGCUAACAGGAGAUUCGAACGGCAGGCCGGUGGCCGUCCCGGUUGGUCUUAUCCUUGCCCUGGUGGAGAGGGUUCAGCGAAUGGUUUCUUCCGUGGUGAAGGGCCAAGGCCCCCAGGUCUUCAUCCCCGUAGCCCAGGGAGCACUCUCGCACGGCGCCCUGAGCACCAUCCGCCCGUCUCUCGGCCUCGCCGCGUCCCGCCUGCUGCACGCCUUAGCCACGACCGAGGCCUCCACUGUCCUACGCAUCGCCCGACGUUUCUGCCGAGCACUGGUCCAGGGUAUGGCUAAGCCGUCCGACGCCGGCUCUCUCCGCGCCGCCGGCUACCGCGCCGUUUCGAGGGCCGUCCUUCAGCUCGGCGAGGGCGCCGCCCCGUACCUGGCCACGCCCGCUCUCCCGGCCAUCCUCGCUGAGGUCAGGUCCGCCGUCGCCGCAUCCGAGCCUGAGGCCGCUGGCGGCGGCGGCGGCGCGGGGGGUGAUAGUAGUGUCGAAUUUGUGGCAGCCACCGGCGCGCCCGGUGUGGCGGCGGUAGGUGGUGGUUCGAAGAAGGGCAUGGGCAUAGAGCCGGCCAUGUCUGCCCGCAAGAGCUCGCAGAAGAAGCAGCGGCGGUCGCGGGAGAAGGAGGUCGGGCGGGCGCUCGCCGCCGCUGACGCCGCCGCUGCCGCCACGGCCACGGUCGCGAGCAGCGGCGGCGGCGGCGGGGCGGGGCGGACCGGAGCGGCGGCCUUGGCGGAAGAGCAGGCCGUGUGCGCCGGACUGUCGUGCUUGUCGCGGGUGGUGGUGUGCUGCAAGGGCCACCUCCCGCUGGGGGGAAGGCUGGCCGUCGAGGAAGUGCUCCACCGCGGCCUCGAGCUCCUGUCGCACGCGGGGGGGGCGGCGAAGGGGAGUCGUGGCGACGGGGGCGGAGGCGGCGGCGGUGGUGGUGGUGCGAGUGGGGGGGGAAGGAGGUGUGCCCGGCUGGAGGACCCGCGGGUGGCGCGGGAGUUCUUGGGGUUGGCGCACGCGUGCUUGAUGACUCCUCUGGCGGACGGCACCCGGAGCGGCAGCCUCUCCGUCGCGAUCGCGGCGUUCCGAUCGUUCGCCUCGCACCCGGACCAGAGGCUGGCGGCGGCGAGCCAGCAGGCGCUCGCGGGGUGUGGCGCAGUCUUGUACCCCAGGGCCGCGCCGCUGCACCUCCCGCACGCGGUAACCAGCCAGGCCCGUGCCUGGGGUGGAAGCAGCGCGAGCUCUACCGGUCGCGGUUUGCCCAUGGGAUGGGGAGACACGCUGAUGGUGGCGGAGGGAGAAUCGGCCGAAGAAGAAAGCCAAGAAGACCUCGAAGACUAUCAGCAUCCAGGACGAGGCGGCGGAGCAGCGGGAGGAGGGGGGAUUGCGCUAACUGUGCGAGCGGCGGGGUUGGCCGCCGAAGGCCUGACCGCUGCCGCCGUCGCCGGACCCGUCGUGACCCCGCCGCCGCCGCCGCCCGCGGCGGCACAAACAGCGGCGCUCGAGGAGGGCGGGCGCUUCCCCCAGACCGUUCCUCGCGACGCGUCUUCUACUUCCGCUGCUACUGCUGCUGCGGCUUCAGCCGCGGCCGAAAACGGCGACGCUGCUACGACAAGCAAGAGUGGGUCGGGUAAGGGUAAGGGCAAGGGCAAGGGAAGAGUCGGCGGCGGAGCCGCAGGCGGAGGGGGCAGCGGCGACGGCGGCAGUAGCGCGGGGGCGGGCGCAGCAGGAACGGUGGAGGAGGACGGGCACAACGAUAACGAAGCGGAGGCGGCGGCGGCGGCGGCGGCGGCGGCGGCGGCGACCGCGGGGACGCGAAAACGGCCCCGAAAUGACAGAGACGGGGACGGGGACGAUGCUCGCAUUGCCAUGGAUGACGAGGAGGAGGAGGAGGAGGAGGAGGAGGAGGAGGAGGAGGAGGAGGAGGAGUAUGUCUACUA